AUGAGGGCCCACAGCCUCCUUCUCCUGGUGGCCCUCCUGGCUUUGGAGAGCCAGCUGCCUGCUACCUUGGGCAGGAGGAAGGGAGCCCGCGGCCUCCCUCCUUCCCCGGGCAGCGAUCGAUGCGGCCUCAGCGAUCGAUGCGGCCGGGACAGACGGAGGAAAACGGGGAAGGAGGAGUCAGCGGGGCCUCCGGGCAGAGACAUCGGGCGCGGCCAGCGGCUCCCCAGCCUCGGCACCUUCCAGGACCACGCGGCCGGCGGACGCCCUACAGGGGCCGCGACAGAUAAGGGAGCUAAAACCGAGAGCUGGAGGAGACUGGCCAGAGGUCACACAGGUGACAGAGCUAAGGACGAAACCCUGGCCGCCUUAAACACCAAGCCCAGGGUGACGGUGAAGCUGCUCGUCCAGGGAACACACCUUAAGAACUUCUGGUCUAGACGGAUUCUCUCAACGACCCUAGAUAGCCAGCGCGCGGCAGCCAUGGUGAGCGAGUGCCCGGGGCCCGGAGCCCGGGUGCCCUGGCGGCGAAGCGACGAGGCGCUGCGCGUGAACGUGGGCGGCGUGCGGCGGCGGCUGAGCGCCCGCGCCCUGGCGCGGUUCCCGGGCACGCGGCUGGGCCGCCUGCAGGCCGCGGCGUCGGAGGAGCAGGCGCGACGCCUGUGCGACGACUACGAUGCGGCGGCGCGCGAGUUCUACUUCGAUCGGCACCCGGGCUUCUUCCUGAGCCUGCUGCACUUCUACCGCACCGGCCGCCUGCACGUGCUCGACGAGCAGUGCGUCUUCGCCUUCGGCCAGGAGGCCGACUACUGGGGCCUGGGCGAGAGCGCGCUGGCCACGUGCUGCCGUGCGCGCUACCUGGAGCGGCGCGUGGCACGACCGCGCGUCUGGGACGAGGACAGCGACACGCUGAGCAGCGUGGGCCCGUGCCCCGAAGAGAUCUCUGACGUGCAGCGAGAGCUAGCGCACUACCGGGCGGUGCGCUGCGGCCGCCUGCGCCGCCGCCUCUGGCUCACCAUGGAGAACCCGGGCUACUCGCUGCCCAGCAAGCUCUUCAGCUGCGUCUCCAUCGGCGUGGUGCUCGCCUCCAUCGCCGCCAUGUGCAUUCACAGCCUGCCCGAGUACCAGGCCCGCGAGGCAGCGGCCGCCGUGGCCGCGGUGGCCGCGGGCCGCAGGGCGGAAGGCUUGCGCGACGACCCGGUGCUGCGGCACCUCGAGUACUUCUGCAUCGCCUGGUUCAGCUUCGAGGUGUCGUCGCGCCUCCUGCUAGCGCCCAGCACGCGCAACUUCUUCUGCCACCCGCUCAACCUCAUCGAUAUCGUGUCCGUGCUGCCCUUCUAUCUCACGCUGCUGGCUGGCGUGGCACUCCGAGACCAGGGCGGAGCGGGUGGCGACGAGCUGGGCGACCUGGGCAAGGUGGUGCAGGUGUUCCGUCUCAUGCGCAUCUUCCGCGUGCUCAAGUUGGCGCGCCACUCCACUGGGCUGCGCUCGCUGGGUGCAACGCUCAAGCACAGCUACCGUGAGGUGGGCAUCUUGCUGCUGUACCUGGCCGUGGGUGUGUCUGUGUUCUCCUGCGUGGCCUACACAGCCGAGAAGGAGGAGGAUGUGGGCUUUGACACCAUCCCGGCCUGCUGGUGGUGGGGCACGGUGAGCAUGACCACCGUGGGCUAUGGGGAUGUGGUGCCGGUGACAGUGGCCGGCAAGCUGGCAGCGUCGGGCUGCAUCCUCGGGGGCAUCCUGGUGGUGGCACUCCCCAUCACCAUCAUCUUCAACAAGUUCUCCCACUUCUACCGACGCCAGAAGGCCCUGGAGGCUGCCGUGCGCAACAGUGACCACUGGGAGUUUGAGGACUUGCUGAGCAGCGUUGACGGAGUGUCGGAGGCGUCUCUGGAGACCUCCCGAGAGACCUCCCAGGAGGGAAGAUCUGAAGACCUGGAGGCUCAGGCCACUAGUGGGCCUCCAAACUCUCAGGUUUAUUAAAGCCAGGGCUCCGUGCCCCCCUUCCCACACCCCUGCAGUGAGCUGAAACAGAGCAGAGAUUCCUCCCCUGCUUAAGUUCUUCCUGGUGGCAUGGCCUCUCAGUAUCACUCACUCUGGCUUCAGAAAUGACACCUGGAGGCCGGGUCCUUUCCUCCAAAGGCGCAGAGCAGCACAGUGUUACCCUAGAUUCUGUGAGCCUGGGGAGCACCCCAGAGACCUUUCUAGACGAACCUCCAAGCCACCCACAAUGCAGGCAUGAGCCAAAGAGGGAAAGUCAAAAGGACGCUAACAAUUCCUGAGCGCCUUCUGUCUGUUAGCCAUGUCACAUUGGCCCUCUGUUGGAG